AAUGAAAACAAAUGAGAAAGUUAGAUGAACUGCGUCUGCAGUACAACAGCGGUCGACGCAUGCGUAAGGCGUUGUGAGCCAGCGAUGACUCAGCGUCUCACUACAAAAGAAAAACAAGACAAGAUGGCGUCCGGUUCGGAUGGUGGAAAGGUUGGAGCAGGGGAGAUGGAGGCAGCUCUUGAUGCGUUGCUUGAAGAGCUUUGCAAGGAGCAUGGCAAGGACUCCUCUAAGACAGCAAUUGAGACGAUGCUUCGUAUGGCUAACAAUAUAAUUCAGGAACCCAACAAUGAGAAGUUCAGAAAUGUUCGGACAGAGAACAAGACUUUCUCCACCAAAGUAUGGCAGCUCCCAGAAGCACAGCAAUUCAUGCUUGUAUGGGGCUGGACACAGGUAGAAGACCAUCUGGUUUUAGCAUCCGAUGAUAUAAUAAAGCCUGUUAAACAUGUUUUACAGAGGAGACUCAAUUUGUUGACAAUGCAGCAACAAAGAUCUGCUGCUUCUUCAAAUAGAGCCCCAGUCUCAGAAAAGGAUAGAGUUUUACAAGAAGAGAGAAAAAGAAGGCUUGAACAAGCAAAGCACGAGAAAGAGGAGAAAAAGAGAAUUAUGGCACAGAUUAAAGCUGAUCGAGAAAACCUCAAAGCACGGCAGCUCAAGGACUCGAAAGCACGCCAUCUCCAAUCCGGAGGCGGGAUGAAGAAAUUCGAGGAUAUCGGCGUUGAUUUGGAUGGCGGGGGCGGUGGAUGAGGUUAGACCCCCUCCUGAAGUGCCACUAUUAUCAUAGUGAAUCAGGAGGGUCCUUCACGUCUCGCUAGGGGGUACUCAACAGCCUAACAGCGCCUCCUCAUGACGACCUCUCUUGAAAUAUUCAACGUAAAAGUUAGGUCUGAUAUGUUGGCUGUGCAGAACCCUUAGCAUCUUUUGGGAUUUUUAGAUGUCAAGUAUUUCGUGUUUUUUUAUGGUUGUUAGUUUACGAGUGAAAAUAAUGUAAACGUGGAAAAAUUUCUCUCCCGCGCAUUUUUAUUGCGCGCAAAUAUAAAAAUAAAAACUAAAAUAAACGUC